GCGGGGCGGGGCGAGGGGGGGCAGCCAUGGCCGAGUACCGGGAGGCGCCGCUCGCGUCGCGGCCUCAGACCCUGGAGGCCGCCGAGUACCUGGAGUUGACCCCGGACGUGCGCCGGGCCCAGGCGGAGCGAGAGGCCAUCCGGGCCCGCCUCAAGCUCCAGUACCUGAGGCAGCUCAACGACCCGCGGCGGACGCACCUCGUGGAAGACCCAGCACUGCUUCGUUGGACAUAUGCACGCAGUCUGAACCAUAUCUACCCCAACUUCAGGCCAACACCCAAGACAUCACUGUUGGGCUUUGUCUUUGGCAUUGGCCCCCUGGUGUUUUGGUAUUACGUAUUCAAAACUGAUCGGGAUCGCAAAGAGAGACUUAUCAAAGAGGGAAAGGAGCGUCCAUUUAGUCUGACAUACUGAAUGGAUAAAGCUGAGACAACCAUCCUAAACCAAGAUUGUACAGAAUAUUAUUAUAUGUAGAAGCUUUAAUAAAUGCAGUCAGUAAACCUUUUCCAGUUUCCUUGGUCCUUGUAAUAUUCUAUUCUAAAAUAUGAUUAAAAAGUGAGGUGUAUAAAA